UCUCACACACACAAACACACACACACAGACAGUAGAGUUUAACUCAUGGACACAUCAGAGUAGAAAGAGGCAAAGAAGAAUAGAGAAGAGCUGUGUGGACUGAUGAAGUCAGAAAAAGAGGAUUUGAAGCAGAUCUGGGUCACUUUUCUCCUCUGAACAUUUGUGGAUUCCUUUAUUUACUCAGAUUCCAACCAAACCUUCUGUGGAUUACAACUGUGGAUUCUCUCUGAACAUUUAACAUGACUUCAGCUCUUAUGGAGAUGCCACAGGCUGAUUUAAGAUUCAGAAUAACAUUCAGUUUUGAUACUGAAUUUUCAGCCUAAAAGCUCUGUCACGGUCUGGGUUCUUGGAGCCUUGAUUCAGCAUUGUCGACCUUUAGUCUCUUGUUUUUUUCUCUUUCUCUCUCUCUUUGGAUGAUAUAAAACAUGUAUAGACAGCACCAGUGUCUACACAAUCACUGAGAGUGUUUUUUUUAAAGAACGUCUUCAGUGAUAAGCAGCUGUUAUCGUGUUGGAAUGACACACAGUAAAAGCAGAGUGAAUCAUCUGUGUUAUAGAUGAUCAACCGUCACCUGACUGAUGGCAUCUCACUGCAUCACAUAGAGCUGGAUCUGUCAUCACAAAGUCACUACUUCUGAUAACACUGAGGCUGUAACCAUGGCAUCCCGGGGGAAGCAGCAACAAGCGGGUGGGUUAUCAUCCCUCUUCUCUUGUUGCUUCAAAGAAAGUGACCAACCAGAGAUAACCUACUGCCACGAUAACAUCACCACUAUGACUGUACUGGAGCCCACCCUGCCCAUGCCCCCCCUUCAAGAGCUGGACUCUAUGUUCACUGAGCUGGUGGAUGAACUGGACCUUACAGAGGAGCACAGAGGAGCCAUGUUUGCUUUGCCAGCAGAGAAGAAAUGGCACAUUUACUGUAGUAAGAAAAUGGAAGCAGAGGAGAAUAAAGAUGCAACCAGCUGGCCAGAGUUUUAUAUUGACCGGCUCAGAUCCAUUGCUGCUAGGAAGACUCUGCUGGCGCUGGAGGAUGAGGAAGAAGAGGAAAGACAUAAGAUCGUAGAAGGUCUGAAGACCGCUCUGAGGACACAGCCCAUGAGCUUUGUAACGCGCUUCAUUGAGCUGGACGGUCUGUCCUGUGUCCUCAAUUUCCUCAAGUCAAUGGACUAUGAGACAACAGAGUCUCAGAUCCACACCUCACUCAUUGGCUGCAUCAAAGCACUGAUGAACAACUCACAGGGCAGAGCUCAUGUCCUGGGACACUGCGAGAGCAUCAACAUCAUCGCACAAAGUCUGGCCACCGAAAACAUCAAAACCAAGGUAGCAGUGUUAGAGAUCCUGGGAGCAGUGUGUUUGGUGCCAGGAGGUCAUAAGAAAGUUCUGGAGGCCAUGUUGCACUACCAGACGUUUUCCUCAGAGAGAACACGCUUUCAGAACCUGCUGACAGACUUGGAUAGAUCUACAGGUCGCUACAGAGAUGAAGUUAAUCUGAAGACGGCCAUCAUGUCCUUCAUCAAUGCUGUGCUCAGCCAAGGAGCCGGAGAGAUCAGUCUGGAGUUCCGUAUCCAUUUACGCUAUGAGUUCCUGAUGUUGGGCAUUCAGCCGGUCAUUGACAAACUCCACUCCCAUGAGAAUUCUACCCUGGAUAGACAUCUGGACUUUUUUGAGAUGUUGAGAAAUGAUGAUGAACUCCUGCUGUCCAAACGCUUUGAUGCAGUUCAUAUAGAAACUAAAAGUGCGAGUCAGAUGUUUGAGCUGAUCAAGAAGAAGCUGAGUCACACUGAAGCUUACCCUCACCUCCUGUCUGCACUGCAGCACUGUCUCAUGAUGCCAUACAAGCAGAGCAGCACCACCCUUCAGUACUGGGUGUUGUUGGAUCGAAUAGUCCAGCAGCUGGUUCUACAGACAGACAAAGGUGAAAACCCGGAUGUUGCUCCACUGGAGGACUUCAAUGUGAAGAACAUUGUCCGCAUGCUGGUCAAAGAAAACGAGGUCAAACAAUGGAAAGAACAAGCAGACAAAAUGAGAAAAGAACAUCAGAAUUUACAGCAGCGCUAUGAAAAGAAAGAGAGGGAGUGUGAGGCCAAGAAUAAGGAGAAAGAAGACAUGAUGGCCAUGCUGAACAAGAUGAAAGACAAACUGGAGCGAGAAAGCAAUGACCACAAGCAAGCUAAACAACAAGUGGCAGAACUGUCUGCUCGGCUGCAGCAGCUCAGCUCUAACUCCAGUGUUCCAGGUGGACCUCCGAUGACAUCUGGUGGAGUAGUACCUCUUGCUCCUGUCAAUUCUGUCUCUCCUCACCCUCCUCCUCCUCCUCCACCUCCACCUCCACCUCCUCCUCCAGGCGGCCCACCAGGUUUCGACAUGGCUCCAUUUGCUCCACCUCCUCCUCCAGGAGCUCCAUUAGGAGCUUCCCCCCAGAAGAAGAAGAAUAUUCCUCAGCCAUCAAAUCCACUGAAGUCAUUUAACUGGAGCAAACUACCUGAGAACAAGUUAGAAGGAACCAUAUGGAAAGAGAUUGAUGAUCUUAAGGUAUUCCAAGUUCUGGAUCUUGAUGACUUCCAGAGGACCUUCUCAGCUUACCAGAAGCCACAAAAAGAGGCUGAGGAUGACCAUGCUGCUGUUAAGAAAGUCAAGGAACUGUCAGUUAUUGAUGGUCGCCGAGCACAGAAUUGUAACAUUCUGCUCUCACGACUGAAGCUGACCAACGAGGAGAUCCGCCAUGCCAUCAUGACCAUGGAUGAACAGGAAGACUUACCUAAAGACAUGCUGGAGCAGCUUCUGAAGUUUGUUCCUGAGAAAAGUGACAUUGAGCUGUUAGAGGAACACAAGCAUGAGCUGGAGCGUAUGGCCAAAGCAGACCGCUUCCUGUAUGAGAUGAGCAGAAUCAAUCACUAUCAACAGAGACUGCUAUCUCUGUACUUCAAAAAGAAGUUUGCAGAUAGAGUGGCCGAGGUCAAACCUAAAAUCAAAGCUCUGUCUCUUGCAUCCAUGGAGGUGGUGCAGAGCAACACACUGCGUCAGCUCCUGGAGGUGGUUCUGGCCUUUGGGAACUACAUGAACAAAGGACAGCGAGGGAAUGCCUACGGGUUCAAAGUCUCAAGUCUCAACAAGAUAGCUGACACCAAGUCAAGCAUUGACAAAAAUGUCACUUUACUCCACUACAUGAUCAGAGUAUUGGAGAAGAAGUUCCCAAAGGUGGCAGCCUUCAGUGAAGAGUUACAGAAUGUUCCAGAAGCUUCGAGAGUCAAUAUGACAGAGUUGGAGAAGGACAUUGGCAAUCUGAGAAGUGGUCUAAAGAGUGUUGAGGCGGAGCUGCAGUACCAGCGGGCUCAGUCCUCUCAGGGUCCUUCUGAUAAAUUUGUCCCUGUGGUCAGUCAGUUCAUCACUGUGGCCUCCUUCAGCUUCUCCGAGGUAGAGGAGUCACUCAGUGAAGGCAAAGAACUGUUUGCAACGGUGAUGAAACAUUUUGGAGAAGACCCAUCCAAGCUGCAGCCCGACGAGUUCUUUGGGAUCUUCGACACUUUCCUCACUGCCUUCUCAGAGGCCCAACAGGACAACGAGAACAUGGCCAGGCGCAAGGAGGAAGAGGAAAAACGGGUACUCAUAGAAGCACAGAUGAAGAAAGACAGGGAGCAGAAGGUGAGGAAAGCCAAAGAGAAUGAAGAUGGUGAAGGGGGCGGUGAGUUUGAUGACUUGGUGUCUGCUCUGCGUUCUGGAGAGGUGUUCGAUAAGGAUCUUUCCAAAAUGAAUCGAAGAAAACAGAGGAGACAAAACAUGUUCGACAACAGCCGGGAGAGACCAGCAUCAAAACUAAACUAGUGACAGAACAAUGUGGACAACAGCACCUAACUAGGACUGUUACAACCCUGUGAAACACAUGAACCUGUCAGUAGCACAGUGGUGGGGAAGGUUGUUGGAUGCACAGAAUACCAGAAACUCACAGGCAUGAACUGCAUGAGAUCUGACUUACAGAUCUCAACAAAUACGACAAAAGUCUACAAAGUGUAGGGCCCCAUUUCAACGAUGUAUAGCGCAC